UUCGCUUGUCCACGUAUCUCCUGCCAACGCCGAUUCAAAACCAGUGAUGAGGCGUUGCGUCACGCUGAAGACCCCUCGCAUGCCCCAGGGCCCAAAUACUAUGCAUGUCCUUCUCCCAACUGUCACAUGACUGCGGUAGGGAGAGGUAUGUCUAGGCCGGAGUUAAAGGAGCACUGGAAGGUCCAUGUUAGAAGAGGGCACGUUUCAUCAAAAGCAAAGCUUGAGUAUAACCCUAUGGAAGCAAUAGUAGUCCGCAGGUUGUCCUUGUAUGACCGAAUUCACCAAUACGCCGGAGAGUCUCUCUUGAACAUGGACGAUGAAGACACCAAUAUUUCGGGUAUAGAGGAGCUGUAUCUGGAUGAAGAUCUAGAGACCCAAGAUUUGGAUCUUACGAACGAAGCCGAUCUCAAGUCUUUAGAGAUCGACAACGAAAAGCUUUUCACGGAAGGCCAUCGUUCCAUUGUCAUGUCGCAAAAUGCAGAAUAUAUUUGGCAUGCAUGUUUGGCCACGUUUCUGAUCUCUACAAAGGGGACAUGCGUUCUUGUGCUCUUGGUAGACAUCACCACUCGGAUAUGUCUUAUGGGGUUUAAUAGGAAUAUCCUGCCUCACUGGAUCAAGGACAGAAGGAUACGAGCUUGUUAA